AUGGCGAGACCUUAUGACAAGGUUGGGGACAUAAACGAAAGAAAGGAGCUAUGGAACCUGACUGUGAAGAUUCAACGUUCUUCCAUAACUUUAUCAUUUUCGUUAUAUAGUUCCUUUAACUCUUCCAAAUUUAACAGUUUCUACUUUACUUUCUCCUCAGACGUCAUUGGUAUCGUCGACGAGGUGGGAUACACGCAGUCAAUGGUUGGAAAGAAACCACAGAUCAACUUCAUUUUGCGGGACUUGGGAACCUAUAUGAUUAUUAUUAACAUGAGUGAUACAGGAAAAUACCUUCUUGCUGUCACAAAUACGUAUAAUGUUACCACCGUACACAUAAAUGAAGAGAUUCCUGAGAUAAUUGAUUUUCUAAGCCGUAUGCCAACGGUUUUACCAUUGCCAAAAUCCCAAGGCAGUACGGGAAAAUCCAGCCAUGAUUGCUCGCAACAAACCUCGGGAGGUCACCUAUCCCCUGCUGAUAAGUUUUUCUCAAAGGCUUCGCAAUUGCCACUAUCAGAAAUUAUUGUGUUGUCUGAGCCAAUAAUGUGUGUCACCGUUUCUACAACGGAUAAGCUUAUUCCUGAUACAAAUGGAUGUUUUCGUAUAUGUGUUGAAGUCGUUCACGAUGGUACGGCCGGUAGGUUUGUUUUCUGGGACCGUGAGGCCGCUGAACUGUUAGAAACAUCUGUAGCUACCCUUCGUUCGACCAUGGUAGAGAGUGGAAUCACUGAUCCGAUGAACUAUCCCUUUGCACUGGACAAAUUGUUAGGAAAAAAGUUUUCUUUCAAGAUUAAUUGGAACCCUCGCUUUAAGAAUGGUUCUGUUGUCAUAAAUUGGAGAGCAUUGGCGAGGGUGUUUCCUUGGAUAUUUUGCAACCUCAAACCAUACGGUGGAUUUCCAUAUACUGAUCCUGAGAGUAAAGUGGUCAAAAUUUCCCUUACUAAUUCUUGCUCCUCUUUGGUUUCCAUUGAACAGGAAGGAGAGAUCUCCUCGGCGCCUAUUCCCGAUCCCAUAACACCUUUGGCAUAUGUCAAGAGGAUGCCUCCCGAAGACGCGGUUGAGUCACCAAUGCAACCUCUCGGAGAAGGCGACCUAUCAUCGACUAAGGUCAAGAAGGUGGCCAAGCGUGGGAAAAAAUAUGCAACCUAA